AUGCAAACAAGGCAACAUAUUUCAGCCUGCUGUAUUGGUCCACCGGGUCCGAAAGGAUAUCCAGGUCAGCCAUCCAAAGAUGGAGAAGAUGGCACCCCAGACUAUAUUUACAGCAACCGCGGACUUCCCGGAAAAAAAGGAGAACGUGGACGACGAGGUCGAAGUGGUGCGCCAGGAAAACCCGCACCUCCUUCUCAGGCUGGCGAGCGAGGACAGGUGGGAGAGAAAGGCUUCAGAGGAGUAACUGGUCCUCCAGGAGAUCCCGGAGAACCUGGAAGAGUGUACAUUGUAGAGGGUCCACCAGGAAAUGAAGGAGAAAUAGGACCAAUAGGGAUUCCAGGUGAAAAAGGACGACGAGGACGAAACGGCGAGAAUGACUUCGAAGGAAAUCGAGGACAACGUGGUUCUCCAGGAUUAAAGGGUGAGAAGGGUCUACGAGGACCUAUCGGACUACCGGGACCACCAGGACCUAAAGGAGAAAGAUGGCCUUGUCAGAGCUGUUCACCGCCACGUGUCUCACCUGGAUACUAUAUUGCUCCAUCUAAAUCAUAA